AUGAAAGUCAUGCAGGUCCACAACUCAUCUUGUAUUCAAGAACAAUAUUGGAUCAUAGGUGCUAGAGCUAUCAUCAGAGAUUUCGUUAGAAAAUGUAUAAAGUGUUUCAGAAUUAGAGCAUCAAUUGAUCAUACUAAUCAAUUGAUGAGCGAUUUGCCAUCUAUUCACGUUUCACUUGUUCCUGUGUUUUUGCGCUAUGGAGUGGAUUACGCAGCUUCUUUUCAAAUUAAAGCAAACAAGAAACGAUGCUCUAGGUCAUUCAAGGCAUAUAUAGCUCUAUUUGUUGGUUUUUCGACAAGAGCUAUUCACUUAGAUUUAGUAACUGAUCUUUCAGCAGAUGCUUUUAUUGCAGCCCUGAAGAGUUUCAUUUCCCGCAGAGGCAAAAGCAGUGAUACAUAUACAGAUUGCGGUUCCAAUUUUUUUGGAGAAAAACGCAGACUCAUGGAAUUUGAAAGCCUUACUAGAUCUACAACAUAUAACCAAAACGUUAGCAGAUAUUUGGUUGAUAAUGGCAUUAAAUGGCAUUUAAACGUUCCAGGUGCGCCUCAUGUGGGUGAACUCUGGGAAGCUGGUAUAAAAUAA